AGCUGAGCUGCUCCCGCCUCCCUGUUGUCCCUUCCCUGAGGGAGAACCACAUGGAUUGACACUGCUGGGCUCGGGAAUGGCCAGGAGCUGUGCCUGUGGGAACCAGCAGAUGGUAAAGAAGACAGAAACCCUUUCCCAGCAGCGUAGAAUUGUGUGUUCUCUGGGACAUUGAUCCACCCCAGCAAGUGCGGGAAAGCGUCUUCAGUUACAGAAACCAGCGGCAGCUCAAGGUUCAAGGGGCUAUUUUUGGGUGUCCAGCGGCUUCCCUGAACUCCUGUCUAAUAGGUGGGCCAAGGCUGGGGACUAAUUUUGGCAUAUUUUGCUUUUUAAAUGCAUUUGUAUGAAAAAAGAACAUGGAAGACGCUCCUCUGCCCGUGCUAACUGUGCCAACAGCCCCUUACAAUGACCAGAAACCGGGAACCAGCGGAUUACGGAAGAAGACCUUUUAUUUUGAAUCCAAGACGAACUAUUUGCAGAACUUCUUCCAGAGUAUCUUUUUUUCCAUAGACCUGAGAGACCGCCAGGGAUCUUCUCUGGUCGUUGGAGGUGAUGGGAGGUACCUCAAUAAGUCUGCAGUGGAACUGAUUGUCCAAAUGGCUGCUGCCAAUGGGAUAGGGCGCUUGGUCAUCGGGCAGAACGGGAUCCUGUCCACCCCGGCCGUGUCCUGCAUCAUCCGGAAGAUCAAGGCCAUUGGGGGCAUCAUUCUGACAGCCAGCCACAACCCUGGGGGGCCCAGCGGGGACUUUGGCAUCAAAUUCAACAUUGCCAAUGGAGGUCCUGCUCCUGAAGCCAUCACGGAUAAAAUUUUCCAAAUCAGCAAGAAAAUUGAGGAGUAUGCCAUCUGCCCAGAUCUCCAGGUGGAUUUGAGCACCAUUGGGAAGCAGCAGUUUGACUUGGAGAACAAAUUUAAACCCUUUACAGUGGAAAUUGUGGACUCUGUGGAAGCUUAUGCCAACAUGCUGAGGAGUAUCUUUGACUUCAGUGCAUUAAAGGAGCUGCUUUCAGGGAAAAACCACCUCAAGAUCCGCAUCGACGCCAUGCACGGAGUUGUGGGCCCUUACGUGAAAAAGAUCCUGUGUGAGGAGCUGGGAGCCCCAGCAAACUCAGCUGUGAACUGCACCCCACUGGAGGACUUUGGGGGCCACCACCCUGACCCCAACUUAACCUACGCUGCCGACCUGGUCCAGACCAUGAAGACAGGAGAGUAUGACUUCGGAGCUGCCUUUGAUGGAGAUGGGGAUCGCAACAUGAUCCUGGGAAAACACGGCUUCUUCGUGAACCCCUCCGACUCCGUGGCCGUCAUCGCUGCCAACAUUCUCUGCAUCCCGUACUUCCAGCAGACUGGAGUCCGUGGAUUUGCCCGGAGCAUGCCCACCAGCGGGGCCCUCGACAGGGUGGCCCAGGCUACAAAGAUCGCUCUGUAUGAGACUCCAACAGGCUGGAAGUUCUUUGGAAACCUGAUGGAUGCAAACAAACUGUCUCUGUGUGGAGAGGAAAGUUUUGGAACUGGCUCCGACCACAUCCGGGAGAAGGACGGGCUGUGGGCUGUGCUGGCCUGGCUGUCCAUCCUGGCCACCCGCAAGCAGAGCGUGGAGGACAUCAUGAAGGACCACUGGCAGAAGUACGGCAGGAACUACUUUACCAGGUAUGACUAUGAGGAGGUGGAUGCAGACGCAGCCAACAAAAUGAUGAAGGAUUUGGAGGCGGUGAUGUUCGACCGCUCCUUUGUGGGGAAGAAGCUGUCGUGUGGGGACAAGGCCUACACGGUGGAGAAGGCUGAUAACUUUGAGUACAACGACCCUGUGGAUGGAAGUGUCUCCAAAAACCAGGGCUUGCGGCUCAUCUUCUCCGAUGGCUCCCGGAUCAUCUUCCGGCUGAGCGGCACCGGCAGCGCGGGAGCCACCGUGCGGCUCUACAUCGACAGCUACGAGAAGGACGCACAGAAGAUCCAUCAGGAUCCACAGGUGAUGUUGGCCCCUCUCAUCUCCAUUGCACUGAAGCUCUCCCAGCUCCACGAGCGGACCGGCCGCACCGGGCCCACCGUCAUCACAUAGAGCGGCACCGCCGCUGGAUGCACGCAGGGAAGGAGGUCAGCCCACCUCCCCUUGUCCCACCUGUCACUGAGAGAGGAAUGUUCAUUUUAUUCUUGUAAUUAAGAACACUGUUUUGCUGCUAAGGAUAGACAAUAAUAAACCCCAGCCCUCAGCACCC